AAAAUUUUGAUAUAUAGGUAAUAGAUAGCAGCGUUCGAAAUAUCGAUGUCGAAAAUCGAGCGUAUAAUACUGGCGUGUUUUGUGUUCAAUUAGCGGAGUUAACGCGAACGCGAAUAUACGAUGAAAUCUCGCGUGAAUAAUAGCCAUUCGUACGAGAUGGAAACAGUUUCUCUCGAAUCGUUCAAUGCCAUGAUCGAUCGUAACCUUUUCUCGAAAUCGCACCCACACGGUCUCACGGGUGUGGAGGAUCGAUGGCGUAUGGGUACGAUUACACAAUGUGUACAUUUGUGCGUUGUGGUCGGCUUCUGUCUCCCAGACGGCCAGGCUCAGGAUCUGACCGAUGUAAGGAAAUUAGACCAGUCGGUGCUCAGACAGCGGGACUUGAUACACGCUCUCUGAACGGAGCUUGCACCUUUAUCUCGAUUACGUACGAUUUUCUAUUCGACUUUUCGUUAAGAACCAUCUCAGACUCGUUUUUUCCUACAUAAUGAGGAUCGUACUCGUGAUCCUUCUGGCAGGAUUAUCAUCCGCGGAGGUGUUGCAAACGAUAGCGCAAUGGCCCCUGAUGGACUUCGCGCUGCCGUACGACGGAGAAUUUUUAAAUCGAUAUCGUCCCGAGAACGUGGUGCCGACUGGAAUCGAGAUUGGCUGGGACAGGAUUUUUAUCAGCGUUCCAAGGUUAAGAGCCGGCGUACCAUCGACCUUGAACUAUAUUCCGAGGAAUCUUCCCGUAGAAAGCAGUCCGCAGCUUCGAGCGUAUCCAUCAUGGGAUUGGCACAGCGCCGGGAAAGGGGAUUUGAAUUGUUCCAAGUUGAUCUCUGUCUACAGAUCGAGGAUAGAUAGGUGUAACAGACUAUGGGUGAUCGAUAGCGGAAUAAUGACGUCGAUCGAUGACUUUAUGCCCGUUUGUCCGCCGAAAAUCAUGGUGUUUGACCUACAAACCGAUCAACUGGUGCGGCAGUACACGUUUCCGCGGGAGGUCCUGAGGCCCAACACCUUGCUGACGAACCUGAUUAUAGACGACGUUUCGGCUACGACUUGUGACAACGUGUUCCUCUACAUAAGCGAUACGGCAGGGCCUGGUUUAUUAGUGUUCGACGGAGCUACCGAUAGAAGUUGGCGCAUCGUGCAUGCUUCUAUGUAUCCGCAUCCAGAUUUCUCGACGUACAGGAUCGGUAGCGACACGUUCGAGCUACUCGAUGGCGUGGUGGGUUUAGCUUUUUCCGCGAAACUCGGACUGGUUUAUUAUCAACCUUUGGCAACGGAUCGUCUAUUCAGUGUACCGACCACGGCGCUCCAAGCUGGUCCUCCGGCGUUUGGGGAACAAUUACCGGUGACCCUGAUUGGCAAAAAGUCUAGUCAAGGUCUCGCAUUGGCCGUUGAUCCUCGUGACGAUACCAUCCUAUUUUCGCCGUUAACGGAACUGGCGAUCGCUGCCUGGCAUCCGCAAACCAAUCGGCAAAGGAUCGUGGCAUACAACCCGGAGAAAUUACAAUUCGUGGCCGAAAUUCGAUGGGCCGAUCACGACAAUGGCAACUUUUGGUUGUUGAGCAGCAGGUUCCAAAAAUUCUUCCGAAAGGAGGUGAACGUACGCGACGUCAACAUACGAAUCAUGAGACUAAUGCCUGAACAAUAUUCGCUGAAACACGCGAUUCUUAAUUCGUACACUCAGCCACCCUUCCCGUUACAGUAUUAUAACAAUACUUUAGGAUUGUAAUUGGUCGUCGUCGAUAGCGGUUAACUUUUCAGCUUAAACAUUUCAUUCGGGCAUCGUUUACGUUUCUCGUAAUUUCGAACUGGAUCAACUUGAAAAUGUUCACGCUCAACUAGAUAGCUGUCGGUCCCGGUAAUUGAAAGUUUAUACACCUGGAAGGAUAAUUUUCUUAUCGGUUCUCCUAAAUUCUCAGCGUACCUGAUACCUACGAAUCGUCCAGAUUCUAUGCAUUCGAAACACGAAGAAAAUUCUCCGAAUCGCGUGUAUACUAUAUGUAAAUCGAUCGAAUCCGGGGUCAUUCGCUCAAAUAGAUUUAUGCAUCUUUAUUAGAUAAGCGUUGCACAGACAGAUUGAAUUACACAAUUGAGAUUAAACGCGUUUCUUAAUCAAA